AUGCGAUAUUCACGAAUUCGACAAAAACCGGGGGAAAAUAUGUAUAUAACAUCAACGGCAGUAUAUCUAGCAGAAUUGAUUAAAAUAAUUGCUUGCCUUGCAGUUAUCUUAUUUCAAAAAAAAUCAAUAGAAAGAUUUUGGUACGUGGUGAAUAAAGAAAUUUUGGGUCAACCCGGAGAAACACUUAAAAUGUUUAUUCCAUCAGCAUUAUAUGCAUUACAAAAUAAUUUAUUAUAUGUAGCAUUAUCAAAUCUUGAAGCAGCAACAUUUCAAGUCACUUAUCAAAUGAAAAUUCUUUCCACUGCAAUAUUCUCGGUUAUACUCUUAGGUAGAUCAUUGACGCAAGGGAAAUGGUUUGCAUUAGUUCUUUUAAUGAUCGAUGAUCCAAUUGAAAAUACAAUUGAUAACUCAGUAGUAAACACGAGAUCUACUACACACCCAACGAGUCAAUUACUUUUAGUCGCACAAAAUCCAUUAAUUGGAUUAAUCGCGGUCAUAACGUCAUGCGUGUCAUCGGGAUUUGCGGGAUGUUAUUUUGAAAAGAUUUUAAAGACCUCGGAAACGAGUAUGUGGAUUAGAAAUAUUCAAAUGGGAAUUACUGGAGCAUUAUUUUCAUUCUUGGGAAUGAUAUUUUAUGAUACCCAAAAUAUAUGGGAAGGAGGAUUUUUACAAGGGUAUGAUUCGCUUACUUAUUCGGUGGUGGCGAAUCAAGCAUUGGGUGGAAUUCUUGUUGCGAUCGUGGUGAAAUACGCGGAUAACAUUCUUAAAGGAUUCGCGACCUCUUUAUCCAUCAUAAUUUCGGGAAUCAUUAGUUUUUAUUGUUUUGAUUUUCAUCCAAGUUCACAAUUCACCAUGGGUGCGAUCAUUGUUAUGAUAUCAACUUAUUUAUAUGGAAGACCGGAAAAAUCUAUCAUCAUCACCACCAAUGAUAUUCUAAAAAUUAGUAUAAAAUCUUAG